GUUUCUCUAUGCUCCCCGGCGGAGGUUAACCAACCCAGGGGGUUUAAAGUGCUGUCGAACUAAAGUGCAAGACACUGACUUGUUUCUUGAGCAGUUUUGCAGCCAGAGGAAGGAAAGAAACAGUACAGUUUAAUCACACAAUCAGUUCUUCCUUCACCCCCGUGUCAUGAGGUUAGUUAUAAAUUGGGGUGUGGUUAGAUGGCUCCUGCUCCUUAUACAGCAGAGUGGGACCUUUGCAUUUUACGUUAUAAAAGUGGAUGCCUCAAAAACCAUUGGACCUCUGAACCAUUUCUGGAAAAGCACAGGAUUUUGCCCUCCUUUGCCGCACAAUAAAUCUGAGCUCUUUGAUCUCAGCAAAGACCAGCGCAUCAACCUUGCGUAUAUUUCUUCGGUGCCACAUAGCGGCAUUGAACAAGUCAGAACCCACUGGUUACUGGAGCUGGUUACUGCUCGAGUGGAAGAUGGAGAACUUCGCUACAAUUUUACCAACCUGGACAAUUUUAUGGAUCUUCUCUGGGAAAACCAACUAAUGCCAGGUUUCGAGUUGAUGGGAAAUCCUUCUGGGUAUUUUACUGAUUUUGAAGAUAAAAAACAGCUUAACGAGUGGAAGAACUUAAUCACUUUAUUAGCCAAGAGAUAUAUAGAUAAAUAUGGAUUAAGAUACGUUUCUAAAUGGAAUUUUGAAACUUGGAAUGAACCAGAUCAUCAUGACUUUGAUAACCUGUCCAUGACAACUGAAGGUUUCCUGAACUAUUACGAUGCUUGCUCAGAAGGUUUAAGAGAAGCUAACUCUCUUUUGAAGUUUGGAGGUCCGGGGGAUUCCUUUCAUCCUCUUCCAAAGUCUCCCAUAUGCUGGAGCCUCCUCAGUCACUGCUACAAUGGAACCAAUUUCUUCACGGGAGAGACUGGGGUCCGGCUGGACUAUAUAGCUGUGCAUAAAAAGGGGGCCGGGAGUUCUAUUUACAUCUUAGAGCAAGAAAAUGAAGCGGUUCAGCUAAUUCAGAAGCUAUUCCCAAAUUUCACUUCUGUUCCCAUCUACAACGACGAGGCUGAUCCACUGGUCGGAUGGUCACUUCCUCAGACGUGGAGAGCCGACGUAACCUACGCUGCUAUGGUGGUGAAGGUUAUCACCCAGCAUCAGAAUCUGCUCAUCUCGAAGGCAAACACCACUGUCAAUUACACAUUGCUGAGCAAUGAUAAUGCCUUUCUGAACUAUCACCCUCACUACUUCACACAAAGAACGCUGACGGCAAGAUUUCAGAUGAAUGACACAAAACCACCCCAUGUUCAGAUCGUGAGGAAACCGGUACUUACGGUGAUGGGAUUACUGGCACUGCUAGGUGAAAAGCAGAUCUCAGCCAACGUCUACAUCGACCAGGAGGAAAUGGAUAGCAAUCACACGAUCGGAGUCCUUGCCAGUUCUCACGAACCCACGGAACUAAACCCAUCAGAUAGCUGGCAGGCAACAGUUCUCGUUUACGCCAGCGAUGACAAUCGGACAUCUUCUAACAGCAGUUUUGUUACCAUACGGCUUGCCAAUUUUCCCAAGUUUUACGAGCUCGUAUAUGUGGCGUACUACUUGGACAACCACCUCACCAGCCCAUACCUUCAGUGGAAAAACCUAGGACGGCCUGAUUUUCCCUCUGUAAAGCAGUUCCAGCGAAUGAGAGCAGCAGAGGACCCUGUGGUGAUGGGACCACUUCCUUUCCCUAAAGAUGGCCGACUGAUCUUUAAACGGGAACUUCCUCUUCCUUCUGUUUUUCUCAUUCAUGUGUGUGCUAGGCCUCACCUUCCUCCUAACCAGGUGAAUGAAGUUCGAGUGAUCCCUCUCACCCGAGGACAGAUUGCUAUAGCCUGGAGUGAUUCCUGUGUGAAUUCCAAGUGUCUGAAAACGUAUGAAGUCGAAUUCUCACCAAAUGGAAAGUCUUACAAACGGAUUAAUGUGAAGGAUUCUACUUUUAAUCUAUGUGUCUAUAGUCCAGACAAUACAAGUGUCUCUGGUUUCUACAAAGUCCGUGCCAUUGACUACUGGGGCAGGCCUGGAUUAUUCUCCAUUCCAGUACGAUAUACAGAAGCUACAGAGUCUGUCUUCGGCUAAUCACGUCCUCACGUUUCUUGGGUCUACGCUGCCCCGGGAGAAUUUCCCCGCAUCUUCUAGCGUGGUUAGAUAUUUGUUAUUUUCCUUUUUAACUUGGCUCUCCCUUCCCGUACCGGGAGAAUGCUACCUUGGCUUCUUCUAGGGCAUGCUACCAACUCCGUUACAUUGGAUUCUCCCAAGCGCUCAGUAAAGUGCUCUGCAAACAAUAAGGACUCAAUAAAUAUGAGUGAUUGGUUGAUGGAUUGCCGUAAGCUUCGGCCUCCCAACACUCACCCCUCCUCACCAGAGAUUCUCCCUUUCGUCAGAUUCCCCUCCCUGGCUGGAGGGGUGAGUUGUGGGACAGCAUCAGCCACCUACACUCUUCCCUCCCCCUCUAGACUGUCAGCUUGUUGCGGGCAGGGAAUGUGUCUGUUUAUUAAUAGAAUAAUACGA